AUGUUACCAUCUGUGACCCAAAACGGGCGAUGCCCAGGAGUGCCAUCAUGCAUGCCUGAGGCUGAGCCGGUACCCCGCCAGCUGUACUCUUCUGCUUGGUUCUGCCGAAACGGUCGAGGCUGUGCACGGCGGGCUCUCACCGUGCUCGCUUCUUCCUCGCUCGCCCUCGACACCCAUUGGGGAAGCGAAGAAGAAUCUUUCCCCUGGCCAAAGUCACGCAUGGUCCGCUGGAGCGGCAGAGCUCUCUGGCUGCUGUUCCGAGCCAAUGUGCCGCAGUCAGCGGAUGGAGGCCGUCUCCUCGCCUUGUCGACCAUUGUCGUUGUCGAUCCGACACCCUCGACACCUUUCCCAUGCCCGGCACUCGCAGUACGGCCCCCAAUUACGUACAAACCGCCUCACUGCUCCUCGUUCACGUCCAGUCGACGGCACAAGGAUCCGAGCUCCAGCUUGGCCGCCUUUGGCGUGGCCACCAAAAACGUGGCCAUGCCGAUCCCGCAUCGAGCGCGUCACGACUUUGCUCGUGCCUGGGGCGGCCUGCCGCUGACCGCCAGCACCACGAAGCCGAUGACGCCGCAGCAGGCAGCCGGCAUCCUCCACGCUCCCACCAUGUCGUCCGAAACCCCAUCCGCCUGCCGUCGUGCACGGUGCGAGCCCUUGACGAGAGGAGCAACGCACCUCGGCUUGAGCCGAGCAGGCGUGUUUCAUUCGGAGCCGCAUCCCUGUCGCGAGACCGAACUAUGGCGUUUGUCUCAAAACAGCCAUCCGACUGGAGCGUCGGUCGCGUACGAUGCCGAACACGGUGUGCAACCAGGUGCGGAGAGCCGCAUGGGAGCUUUUCCUUCGGUCGUGGUUGCGACCUGCUCUCCGUCGGCCUCGACGAAUCGGCGACAAGACUGGUCGGAGCACGUAGCCGAGGAGCCACGGCUCGUGCGAGCGCAUCACAAGCCGGUGCAUGACCAUGCCACGGACCCGGCGAUCUGGGAGGCCGGCGCUUCUCAGGCCCGCUCCGAGCAGCUAGCCGCCGUCCUGCGGUGCCGAAGCGUCACACGGCAAGCAAAGCACAGCCCGCAGGCGCAACGUGCGACGGCGACGGAGAACGCACAUGGCGACACGGCGAGCGUCGAAGGCCCAUGA